AUGAGUUUAUGGUCGAAAAUUCGCUACGGUGUGCGCUGGAAUCCGGAGGAACGUUUGGCACUGGCGACACGUGCCCUCAACUUAUCCAAAGUCAAAAAUAUCGAAAUUUCCAUGGAUCCACUUCAUCCCGAUAAUUUAUCGAUUAGGUAUGGUCUUUUGGUUUUUUUCGGGCGGAAAUUCGAAUGCGGCACGGUUUUAGGGGCGUGGCUUAAGUUAUCCGAUGAAAUUUGGGUCAUUUUGAGCUGCGGCAUGGUUUUAGGGACGUGGCUUAUUUCAUCCUACUGAAUUUGGACCAUAGGAAUUUAAGCCACGCCUAGAAAACCAUGCCGCAUUCAAAAAUGAACCAAAAAUCCUAAUCCACGCCUACAAACCUCAAAAUAACUCAAAUUUCACCAGGAAAAGUAGGCCACGCCUCUAAAACCGUGCCGCAUUCAAAAAUUACCAAAAAUUAAACAUUAACCUAAGCCACGCCCACAAAACCAUGCCGCACUUGAAAAUAACUCAAAUUUCACCAAGAACUUUAUUCAAAACCCCAAAAUGAGCCCCAAUUAUUUUCCGUAUGGAUAAUUUUGAUUUGGCCAUUGUUGACCAUUGUUAUUUGGAUCUUGACCAUUGUUAUUUGGAUCUUGUGGAUAUUGCGGCUCUUGUGGUGGAAAUUGUGGGCCUUGUGGUGGAUAAUAUGGGCCUUGUGGUGGAUAUUGUGGUGGUGGAUAAUACGGAGGUGGCUGUGGUCGAUUUCCCCAAGGCCAAGGUGGCAAAUGAAUUUCAAUAGGUGGCCCUGGUGGUUUUGUUGUUGGUGGUCUUGGUGGCCUUGGCCGUUUAGUUCCGCCCCCUUUUCCUCCCCCUGUUGGUGGUCGAAAAGCAGAUUUUCGAUCCAAUUCCGAAGAUGACGAUUCAGAGCUAGAAAAAUUGAUCUAGAAUCAUCCUGAGAUUUAAAUUUCAAACUCACUAAUCAUCCAGAAUUGAAGCAUUCACUGCUAGAAGAAGCAGAGAAAAUGGAAUUAGAAAUCUCAUUUUCCAAUGAUUUUUGGGGUCUCCAAGGGCGCCAUUUUAUUCAGGAUUUUUAAUUCGAAACAAAAAUUUGCAGAAGAAUUGUGAUAAUUUGAUUAUGCAAAUUUUUGUCUGCAAAACUUUGCAGAAUUUUUUGAGUGCGCCAUGAUUUUAGGGGCGUGGUCCAAUUUUACCGGUGAAAUUUGAGUUAUUUUCGAGUGCCGCACGGUUUUAUAGGCGUGGUCUAAUUUUUCGCGGUGAAAUUUGAGUUAUUUUCGAGUGCCGCAUGGUUUUAUAGGCGUGGUCUAAGUUUCCCGGUGAAAUUUGGUUAAUUUUUAAAUGAGGCACGGUUUUGUGGGCGUGGCUUGAAUUCCUUUACUCCAAAUUCAAGACAUGAAACAAGCCACGCCCCUAAAACCAUGCCGCACCUCAAAAUGUUCCAAAUUUCACCGGAAAAAUUAGACCACGCCCCUUUAAAACCCUGCCGCAUCCGAUUUGUUUGCUUUCAGAACCUUCUGGCACUCGAUAACCUCGCCAAAAGUUCGUCUCACCAAUCCAGCAGUUCGUGUCAAAACCGAAAUUCGAAACGAUCGAAAAGCCCCGUUUUUUAUCGCGACUUUGGGUGAGUUUUGGCGGGAAAUUCAUGAAAAUUGGAUAAUUUUGAGUGAUUCUGGGUGAAAUUGGUGAUUUUUGACGUAAAAUUCAUCAAUUUUGAUGAAUUUCAACCCAAAAACCCGAUUUUCUUGCAGAAAAUGGUCAUAAAUUACACUUCACCACCGAAAAUAUGUCAGCAAUGGAUUUGAUAAUGAACUUCAAUCGAUUAACCGGACAACCUGAAUUGGGAAAAGCUGGAACUCGGCCAAGAACCAAAAUUUAA